CACAACAAAAACUUCAAUAAUCUCGAAUAUGUCUUCGCCUCUUCGCAUUGGGUUUGUGCCUGAGCACUUCUCAACCCCGCUCUACUUUGCGCAGAAACACUUCGGCCUUGAUGCCACGCUGAUUCCUUUCCCGUCGGGAACGGGACAUAUGAUAACUGCCCUCAGGGCUGGGGAAAUAGAUGUUGGAAUUGGACUUACGGAAGGUUGGGUUGCGGGGCUUGGGAAGGGAGAUAUGGAGGGGGAUGGAGGUUAUAGGAUUGUAGGAACCUACGUUGACUCCCCGUUAUGCUGGGCCGUCUCCACUGGCGCACAACGUAACGACAUCCAAAGCAUCGCCGACCUAAAAGACUCCAAGAUUGGCGUCUCACGAAUCGGUUCCGGAAGCUAUGUCAUGGGAACCGUCCUCGCCGACCAACAAGGCUGGCUCACCCCCGGCACCCCCCCUUUCACAUUCACGCCCCUCCAAACAUUUGCCAAGCUCCGCGAGGGCGUCAAUGAUAAAACCGUCGACUUCUUCAUGUGGGAGCACUUUACGAGCAAGCGGUAUUACGAUAAUGGCGAGAUCAAAAGGGUCGGGGAGAUAUACACCCCAUGGUCGAGUUGGUUGAUUGUUGCGUCAACGAGCAUUGGCGAGACGGACUCGAGACUAAAGGAGUUGUUUGAGAGUCUUGAUAAGGGUGUUAAGCACUUUUUGGAGAAUGAGGAGGAGGCGGUGAGGUAUAUAUACACGUUGCUGGAUUACUCCGAGGAUGAUGCGAGGGAGUGGUUGAAGACGGUCAAAUUCACAAAUGGUAUUAGAGGUGCCGAUGAGGCGUUGGUGGGGAAAGUGAGGGAUACAUUGUUGAAAGCCGAGGUGGUCGAUGAAAGCGGUUUGAGAGCUCAACAGAUGGUCGCUAUCAAGAGAUGAGUGGAGCGGUCUAGAAAUGUUAUCCCAAGUCCAUAGGGCAUGUGAGAGAAAAAAUUGCAGUAGUACUC